GAAAACCUCAGAAUUUAAGGUACAUUAUUUUCACUGAGAGAAGGGUCUGUUUCUGUCAGAUGGACCCCUCACAAUGUAUUGUAUAUCAACGGACUUAAACUAGAUUUCACUUAACAGGUAACACUCAUGAUGGAAGAGGGAAGAAAAGAAAACCAGGACAAAGAGUCAGAUCCUUUAACACUUCAAGAAAACUCUCAGGAAACAAGCAAACAAAAUGGGACUGCAGAGCCUGUAAGAGGAAGAGAAAACUUAUAGGCUAAAAUCAUUUUCAAUAAAUCAGAUUUUACUACAUUUUUCAAAUUAUUACUGGUCGAUAAUUCUCCACAGGCAGCAGAGUCCAAAAGUUUGCCCACACCCACCUUCUCCUCCCUGCUGCCGAAGGCUCUUUCCGCUGUGUUACACCCAAAGGUGCCUCCAGGUUUGAACUCUGACCCCCAGCCCAGCAGAAAACCAGUGAAACACCCCUCACCAAACCUGGAGCAGCUGCAGACAGAGCUAAGAGACCUGAAGGACCAGUUUGAUCAAAUGAAGAGUCAGCACAAGUACAGCUCUGUUAUUUUAAUAUGAUGUUGUUUAGUCUUGGCCUGAUGGUCACAUACCCACCCUGAGCUCAUUUGAUGAUUAUGUUGUUUUCCAGCAAAGAAAUUAAAUUGCUGAUGAGUGAGCUUGACGAGGAGAAGAGGAUCCGCUUGACUUUGCAGGUCAUAGAGAAACAUAAAAUCCUUAUAAGAUAGCCAGAUGAAUGAGCUAAAUCAUGUUUUACAGGACUAUUAUUACCUUAAACGUAUUGAAAAACUAUCACUUUUGUUAACUCAUUUUUGCUGUUGUUUUUAGAUGGAGAUUCAGCGCUUGAAGAGGCACAUGUCAAAAUGAAUGGAGUACAGAAAUGACGAUCUAUCAUAAGAUCCUGAAUUGUAAAUUUUAAACACUGGACUUGCACAUUUUAUCAACUAAACGGUAAAAGGUCCUUAACCACAAUGGUCCCUACCAGAAGAAACAUUAAGUUAAAAUAUUAAUAAAUAUUUAUCACUGCAGGCCUUAAAUGACAGUCAUAUGCUGUUUCAGGGCUAAAGAGCUGCCGCCCGCCUCUGGCUAGGGCUAUAUCUAAGACUAAAGGCAACCACCAUGAUGCUAGUGCUUCACCACACAUGCAGUUUUGUUAUAUUGUUUAUAUUUUUUAGCUAUGUCUACUUAAACUGGCAUCAUACUGGUCAUCUGGAGUAAUGAGUAACCAGCA